AUGCAUGAAGCCGCAGCGAUUUACAGGAUCAGCUUCGAACAGUUUAUUGUCAUUUGUUGCCUCUGUCGGGACGAGACUGAACAUCUUGCCGCUGAAGAACCUGUGUUCUGCCCAAAGGCUAUGCUUGCGUGCAGCAGUGAGUUCUUGAAGGAGGCACCCACAGGUCCAGCAGGCUCGGAGCCCUCCGUGUGCGCAGAAGGUGAGGCAACACAGGCCCAGCAGGGCGAUGCCAGCUCCCCCAAGCCCCAUGAUGGCCAGGAUAGUGAUUCUCCAACUGAGCCACAGGAUGACCAGCAUGAUGGCUCUAGGAGCUCAUUGGAGAGAGAUGGACCUCUUGACUCCGUAGGUAGUGUCGGACAUCCGACAGCGUGCACGCCCUGCACCUUCUACUGCUUCUCCCGCAGGGGUUGCUGGGUGGAUCGUGACUGUAAGUACUGCCACCUUUUCCACCAGUCGCUGAAGCAACGCCGGGGGCAGCGCACGAAGCGCAAGGCAUUGAAGUCAGCCUCCGCUGCCAUGCAAGCGGAGAAGCCCUUGCCAAAAAGGGACCCAACGUUGGGAAAGGCGCAGCCGUUCACACAGCUACCGCCACGAGUCCCACCACCUCCCGGACUGGCAAUGAACAUGACGAGCAACACGAGCAACCCAUCCACUUCGGAAGGACGGAUGGAGCAUGAUUCAAGUUCUUCAAGCUUGUCGAACGUGUCGAUGGCCUCCUCGCCUCCAUCUCAAGGCAACCUUCCCCAAGCAGACCAGAUUGCCAUGGACCGCUUCGAGUACACGCCCAGGAACCUCGUGGUUUGUGUGGGGCAGAUGCUGGAGCUGUGGCCGCUGCUGGUUUCUCACCUCCAAGGUUGCGUUUUCAAAGUCGUUCCGAGCCUUCCGCUCGGGGUGACGCUGGACGAGCGGUCAGGCUUGGUACAUGGCCGGCCACGGGAGGCCGUUGGCAAAGGGAGCUACGUGGUGAUUGCCUCCGACACGGAGCAAGUCGUCAGCGUUGCGUUCGUCAAGCUCACGGUCAACUACAUCUUCGACUCGUUCGCCGACGUGCACCGCUGA